CCACCAUCUGGCCGGCACCAUGGACGUCGACGAAGACGACACGCUCGGCUCGGCGUUUGGCCUGGGCUCCGUCCUCGCCGAGGCCGGUGUCGAUGAGGCUGCCCUCAACGCCUUCCUCGAGCGCACGGAGGGCAAGAACUCGCGUGCCCUCGAGACGGCCAUUCAGCAGGGCGACGAGAAGUACAUGGACGACGUGAGCGAUGAUGAGCUCCCCGAUGAGAGCGCAGAAGAUCGCGCCGCGCGCGCGCGCGAGCAGGCUGCGAUCAGGGCGAACGAGGAGCGAUGGGCGCGACGUGCCGCUGCAGAGCUGGCGGGGGUCGGGGCGGGACCGAGCGACAAGGAGAAGCGAAGGAAACGGCAGGCCGAGCGUGCGGCUGCUGAGAAAGACGUUGUGCGCGCAGUUUGGCCCGACUUCAGGCAGGGGACGGUGCUCAAGAUGUCCGAGGUGUUCUAUGAGACACCGGCGGCGCGAGGGGCGAUGGCAGCGGCUCUCAAGAAGAAGAAGCGACGGUUGCUGGAUGGGUUGCCUCACGAGACUUUUAUGGUCACGGUUGAGCCUCAGAAGGAGCGCCCGCCCACCAUGAGCUUCCUUCUGCCAAACCUCCCACCAUUGCCGGUGCACAACCCGUCAGAAGCCAGCUACCUUACGCCUGUAGGACAGUUGUUUGACCAGCAAUGGGUCAAAGAGGCGCGCGAAAGGAGACGGAAAGAUAUGACACGCCCUCCACGAGGUGUGCGUUUCGACGACAACGUUGAAAUUCUGGAGGAAAAGCCGCUUGACCUCGCCGACUGGGAGAGGGAUAUUGUCAUGUGUGGCCUUGACCUUGCUAUGACGGCGCACGAUCCGCUGCAGCUCCGCAACGAGCACCUUGAGAAGAGUGAUUGGAUUGCAGAUGUCAUCUGGGAUGCCCGCCGCGCAUCACCUGACCUCAUCGACGUGCACAGCGACGACGAGGAGACGGUGGCGAUUAGGGAAAAGGAGACACCCAUGACCGCCGCUCAGAGCAAGCUUGACCCGUUCAAUCUGUCCAACGACCAUCUGUAUGAGCACAACCGCGCCUCGCGAUUCCGUAUUCGCCAGACUUUCGGCGCCAUCGAGGUAUUCCACAGCCAACCGGCCAAGAUCUUGCAGAUGCCGUAUUACAAGACGACUCUGGACAAGAACGAGGCGCGCAUGUGGCACCGCACACCGCUUCAGUUCCCGACCGGGGUGUGGAACUCGUUCUCUAAGCUUAAGGCGAACCAUAAUACCCAGCGUAAAAGUCGCUUGAUGGCUGAUCCGAGCGAGCGGUUCAAAACGACCAAGGACCUCAGCCUGACAGAGAAGGGUCCAUUUGUACUCCUCGAGUUCUCCGAGGAGUAUCCUCCUAUAAUGAGCGGGUACGGAAUGGGCACGACCAUCGUCAAUUACUACCGCAAGAAGGAUGACAAGGAUGACACCGUGCCCAAGCUCGACCUGGGGCAACCGAGCAUCCUGAACGUCGGCGACACGGAGCCAUUCCUCCUCAGCUACGUCGACCCCGGGAAGGUCACGCAGAUCAUCCACAACAAUCUCAUCCGCGCCCCCAUCUGGAAGCACACCCACGAGUCUACCGACUUCCUCGUCAUCCGGCAAACGAUAAACAAUCACACGACGUACCAUAUUCGCGAGAUCAAGGACCUCUUCGUCGUCGGACAGACAGUGCCGCACGAAUCCGAGGUGCCCGGUCCACACGCGCGGAAGAAUACCAACACCGCCAAGCUGCGACUGAUGAUAUUCGCCUGGAUCUUGAUCAAGAAGAACAAGGAGCCCCAGCAUCAAAGGGUCAAGCUCUCGCGGCUGCAGAAAUAUUUCCCGGACCAAACCGAGCUGCAGAUGCGCCAGCGCCUCAAGAUCAAGGGUAACGAGUUCCUCGAGUACGACAAGGAGGCGGGCUUCCACUCGGGCUUCUGGAAGCUGAACCCGAACUACGACUUCCCCACCGAGCGCAAGGAAGUCGAGGCACUCGUCACACCCGAGAUGGCGUCGCUUUACGAGGCAAUGCAGGUCGGCGCGCAGCACCUCCGUGAUGCUGGCUACACUAAGACGGCAGAGGGAAACGCAGACGACGAGUUUGGCGAUGGCACUGAAGCGGGUCUGGAUGUGGAGCAGCGUCUUGCGGUCUGGAGCACGACGCUCAACUACAAGAAGGCCGAGGCGCAGAAGGCGUGGCUGCAGGUGCACGGUGAUGGCGACCCGACAGGCCGAGGUGAGGGCUUCUCGUUCCUCAAGACGAACAUGAAGAACUACUUCUUGCGCAAGGGCGAGACCGAGGAGGGUCGCCGCCUCGAGGCAGAGGCCAAGGCCGGCGGCGGGCCGGUCAAGAUCUCCAAUGCGGAGCAGAAUCGCAUCUACGAGGAAGAGAAACGCAAGGUCUGGGAUUUGCAGUGGAAGGCGCUCAGCAAUCCCGUCCCGCCCGCGCUCGACCUGGAUUUGACAGCGGAGACGGUUGAGCCGAACCAGGCAAUGGGCCCGCGCUUCCCCAAGGCCGAGCGCGCAUUUUCGCGCAGCGGCAGCACGUUCGAAUCGCCAAUGGACGACCCGCGGUCCCCGUCCGCGUUCUCCUUCGACGGCGAGAGUCAGUUCACAGGCAACGACCGGGGCGCACACAAGGUGCUGCGGAUCAAGCGCAUCGUGCGAGGCAAGCAAACGGUGGAGAUUGUGCGCGACCAAGCCGUCAUCCAGUCGUACCUCCGUCGCGUAGAGGAGCGCAAGCUCGCACAAUACACCGACGAGCUGGAGCACCUCGCGCCGACAGGCAAUGCGGAGGAGGACGAGCUCAAGAUCCAGGCGAUCCGGGCCGAGGUGCUGCGCCUCAAGAAGAACCAGGUGCGGCGACAGCAGCGCAAGAAGUACCAGGGCAAGGGCGAGCUGCCCGAGGUCGCGGAGGGCGAGGGCAAGCGCCGCUGCGGCGCGUGCGGCGCGUACGGGCACACCAAGGCGAACCGGAACUGUCCCAAGUUCAACGCUAAGCAGGCCGACUCGUCGGGGACGACGCCUGUCGCGGGCCCCACGCCGUACGGGUACGGGGCGCAGAUGGAUGCGUAUGCCCCUGCGACACCGGACGCGCCCAGCCCCGCGCCGAUGAAGAUCAAGUUGGCGCUGGGUGGGCCGCGCUGAGCCGAGCGCGAGCGCGCGCGAGAGAGAGCGGGCGGGAGGACAUGCGUAGAGAAGUACAAACACCACAUUAUUGUAUAACACCAACAGUCACACAUUCCACGAGCGGGAUGAUGAAAGAUGUAGCCAUGUACAGCAAGUCAGCCGCGUGUGUACAGGUCGUUUCGCACCUCGUUCGGCAUACGCUGAUCUGUCUGUGAUGUAGUCUAACCUCCCGAUCGGGGCGAGACGACAGCAGGAGGGG